AUGAACCUCGACGUGGAGAAGCUUCCGGGGAGAGUCGAGCCAUUCCUCGUGGAGGAUGACACUGGUGCAGUGCCGGAGUCUGCCUUGGCAUCCGGGUCGUCGUGGUCUGCGAGGCUGCAAAGACUAAGCUCAUUAAUCAAAGUUGAGCAGCGAGGAAUCGAGCGUGUCCCUGAAAAUGAGAGGACUGAUAGCUCUUACUGGAACAUUAGCUCAAUGUGGCUCGCGGCAAACAUGGUCGUCCCCUCGUUCACCGUGGGAGUCCUUGGUGCACCCUUGUUCAAACUCGGUUUCGUCGACUCAGCUUUGGUCAUUAUCUUCUUUAACCUGCUGGGUGUCUUGACGGUCUGCUUUUUCUCUAUCUUUGGUGCCGCCUUUGGUCUGCGUCAGAUGGUCCUGUCUCGGUUCUGGUUUGGCUGGUGGGGGGUGAAACUAAUUGCCUUAUUCAAUGUUCUGGCUUGCAUUGGGUGGGCAGCUGCCAACAUCAUCGUAGGAGCCCAAUUGAUCAAUGCCGUCAAUCCCAACGUGCCUGGGUAUGCUGGCAUCUUAAUUAUCGCCAUCUGCACACUACUGAUUGUCUUCUUCGGCUAUCGUGUCAUUCAUGCCUACGAGUAUUGGAGCUGGAUUCCAACCUUCAUUGUAUUCCUCGUGGUGCUGGGCGUCCUGGCGCACUCUGGAGACUUCAUCAACACGCCCAUGGGCGUUGGCAAGGCGGAACUGGGUGCCGUCCUCUCCUACGGAUCGACCGUCUUUGGAUUCGGCACAGGUUACACCAGUUUUGCGGCAGACUAUACUGUCUAUCAGCCCAGUAACCGUCCGCGUCGCAACAUCUUCUUGGCCACCUUUCUAGGCAUUUUCCCCACACUUCUUUUCACAGAACUGCUGGGCGCAGCGCUGGCGACAACCAUGGCUCAUAAUGGCGGCGACAAUGUCUAUCAACGGGGAUAUGACGAUGCUGGUAUCGGUGGCCUGCUUGGCGCGCUUCUCUUCCCUCCCUUGGGUGGCUUUGGCAAAUUUUGCGUUGUGAUUCUGGCCCUGUCCAUUGUGGCGAACAACUGUCCGAACGUCUACUCGGUCUCUCUCACUCUGAUGGUCAUGGGACGCUGGACCCGUCACGUCCCACGAUUCGUAUGGACGGUAGUUGCCACGGGUGUUUACAUCGCUAUUGCCAUUCCCGGGUACAGUCAAUUCGAGUCAGUGUUGGAAAAUUUCAUGCACUUCAUCGGAUAUUGGCUGGCAAUUUAUGAAGGUGUCGGCAUCACGGAGCAUUUCCUGUUCCGCAAGGGGUUCUCCGGUUAUCGCCCCGAAUACUACGAUAUGCAAGAGAAGCUUCCUCUGGGCAUUGCAGCAUUGCUGGCCUUUUGCUGUGGUGUGGUGGGCAUGGUGAUCGGAAUGAGCCAGUCCUGGUACGUGGGUCCCAUUGCCAAAUUCGCAGGGACAGCACCGGCAGGCGGCGACGUUGGCUUUGAGCUGGGCUUCGCCUUUGCCGCAGCCUCAUACGCCGUGCUUCGAAUGGUCGAGUUGAAGAUUUUUAAAAGAUGA